UCUCGGCUCGAUUUCCCUACCCCAGGAGGUCAAACAGCUCUUCGGAGCUCCAGGCCGAUGCUGGAGGAUUCUGCCCUGAGUGAACCCCGAGGCAGAGUUCUCCAGGGACCUCCCGCCUGGGGAGCCACCCAGCUGUUCAGACCCCGUUAUUGGGAACAGGGAGUUGGCCUUACAAUGAGGAUUCACUUCUGUUUUCAACCCAGUGAAACCACGGAUGCUGAGAUCAAGAUGAAACAAUUUGGUGAUACCUGUGGAUAAGACAACUCACAAGACACCAAAAUGUGUUCAGAGUGACAGUUGAGUAAGAUUCAAGAAAUUUUGCUGCCAAGCCUCAUCUCUUCAACAGCAUCAUCCAGCAACCAGAAGAAACCUCAAGCUAAGAAACCCUAAUGAUGAAAAAUACAGAUCUAUCCGGAUUGGAAACACAACUUUUUCUACUCGACUCUUGCCUGUCAGAGGAGCUGUUGAAUGUUUAUUUGAAAUGGGAUUUGAAGAGGGAGAAACACAUCUUAUCUUUCCUAAAAAAGCUUCAGUGGAGCAGCUGCAAAAAAUCCGUGACCUGAUUGCCAUAGAGAGAAGUAGCAGAUUGGAUGGAUCAGAGAAGAGCCACAAAAAAGAGUUAUCUCAGCACCUUGCAGCCAGCUCUCAGCUUCCUACAGCACCUUCUUCACACCCUGACGGUGUGACCCAGCCUCCAGAGAACAGUGAAGGGCGGGCACCCAGACCCCGACUGGCUCCAACGGUUGCUGACAAUUCAGUCAUUCUAAAAGUUCUUCGGUCCAACAUUCAGCAUGUACUGGUCUAUGAGAACCUUGCUCUCCAGGAGAAAGCACUGGCUUGUAUUCCAGUCCAAGAACUGAAAAGGAGAUCGCAAGAAAAGUUAUCUAGAGCCAGAAAAUUGGAUAAAGGUACUAAUGUAAGUGAAGAGGAUUUUCUUUUGCUGGAGCUUUUACACUGGUUCAAGGGAGAAUUUUUUCACUGGGUGAACGACGUUGUGUGCAGUAAGUGUGGUGGCCAGACUAAGUCCAGAGGCGAGUCAUUACUCCCCAGCGAUGAUGAGCUGAAGUGGGGUGCCAGCAGAGUAGAGGACCACUACUGUGACGCCUGCCAGCUCAGCAGCCGAUUCCCACGGUAUACUAAUCCCGAGAAGCUUCUGGAGACGAGAAGUGGGCGGUGCGGGGAGUGGGCCAACUGCUUCACGCUGUGCUGCCGUGCCCUGGGCUUUGAAGCCCGCUACGUCUGGGAUUACACAGACCAUGUCUGGACGGAGGUGUACUCGCCGUCUCAGCAGCGCUGGCUGCACUGCGACGCAUGUGAGGACGUCUGUGACAAGCCCCUGCUCUACGAGGUCGGCUGGGGCAAGAAGCUCUCCUACGUCAUUGCGUUCUCUAAGGACGAGGUGGUUGAUGUCACUUGGCGAUAUUCUUGUAAACAUGAAGAGGUAAUCUCUAGAAGAACUGAAAUUAAAGAGGAAUUACUUAGAGAAACUAUUAAUGGACUUAAUAAGCAGAGGCAAGUAUCUUUGUCAGAAAACAGAAGGAAAGAACUUCUUCAGAGGAUCAUUGUGGAACUUGUUGAAUUUAUAUCUCCCAAAAACCCUAAGCCGGGAGAACUUGGAGGAAGGACAUCUGGGUCCUUGGCCUGGAGAGUCGCCCGAGGUGAAGCGGGUCCAGAGAGUAAAGAAACCCUGUUCAUCCCCUCUGAAAAUGAGAAGAUUUCUAAACAGCUGCACCUUUGCUAUAAUAUUGUAAAAAAUUAUUAUGUCCGAGUUUCAAGUAAUAACCAAACCAUUUCUGGAUGGGAGAAUGGUGUGUGGAGAAUGGAAUCCAUAUUCAGAAAAGUUGAAACAGACUGGAACAUGGUGUAUUUAGCCCGCAAGGAAGGAUCAUCUUAUGCUUACAUUUCCUGGAAGUUUGAAUGUGGGUCAGUUGGCCUAAAAGUAGACAGUAUUUCCGUUCGGACAAGUAGUCAGACCUUUGAGACUGGAGCAGUACAGUGGAAGCUGAGCUCUGAUGCUGCGCAAGUAGCGCUGACAGGCGAUAAAACUCUUCGCUCCUAUCAUGAUUUUUCUGGGGCCACUGAAGUUAUCCUGGAAGCAGAAUUAAGCAGAGGAGAUGGUGUUGUUGCUUGGCAACACACCCAGCUGUUUAGACAAAGCUUAAACGACCAUGAAGAAAAUUGUUUGGAGAUAAUUAUAAAAUUCAGUGACCUUUGAGAACCUGAGCGUUACAGAGAAGCUGGCAAUGAUCAAGGACAUAGCUUGUUCCAAAGCAGUCUGCUGGUGCCGUGCAUGCUUAGUUGGCAGUCUGCUCUCCUCUGGUAGCACGUUUCCCUGUUGGCUCUCCAUCAUGUAACCCUCAUGAAAAUAUAUACCAUGGACCACAAUGAAACCUCGAAUUAAAAGCUCCUUUCCAUAUGUGACUCUGAUUUGGAGUGAAAUCUUACUGCCCCACUAUGAGAAUUUAACUUAAAAAUUGUAAUUGUGGCUUUAAAAGUAAAGUGAAGGUAUUCAUGACUAAAUACUGUUAAGGAUUAUGGUGAAAUCUUCAGCUAAUAAUACUAAUUUGACAGUUUCUGAUCAGCCUUUAAUUUUUCCAUAAGUAGCUAAAAUAGAUUUCAUAAGAUUUUAAAUUUUUAAUAAAUGUGAACAUGUAUCUCAUGUUAUAAUGCAUGAAAAUUUUUAUGAUUGUAAAUAUGUAGGCAUUUAAGAAAUAAAUUAUUUUGCGUUACAUCUUUUUAGUGGUUACUUUGGCCAAAUAAAAAUCUUAAGUAUGCUAAACAUUGAAAACCACUUGAAUAGCCAAGAAUUAUGAAAACAACAUUGCAUAAAUUCAAUACAUUAUAAAUCCAUGGUAUGUGGACACUUCUGAGAAUGCUUUACUGUUGAGUUUAUUUUUGAGUAUUUUUAUCUACCUCAUUGAAUAAAACGUUUUUUCUUGACUU